CAGCAGCAUACAAAGCAUACACCCGCCAUUCUUCUCACAAACCCAUUUGCUCCCACUUCCCUUAUCGUGCUCUCCGAAACAAGACACACAGAUAGAGAUAGAGAGAGAGAGAAAGUAGUGAGUAAAUCGCCAUGAAAGCUCUACUCAAUCCAGAGCUUUCUUUCUCAUCCAUAUCUCAAUUCCACACCAAUAAGCUUCGUAAUUCCACGCAUUCGCCUAACCAGACCUCUCUCCGAUUUCCCUCGAAGUAUCGGAUUGGCAAAGGCGCUUGUUUGGUUGUAAAAGCUGCGCUGGACUCGGCUAUUAUAGACCAGUUGGGGCUCUCCGAGUCCGAUAUUCGGAACCCGUCCGUUUCGACUUCGUAUCGGAGCUCCAAGUUGCCGAAGCCGAAUCAGACUCUGCUUGAUGCGCAAGCUAGGGUUUGCACUGGCCCCACGCUGACCAGGCCGCUUAGUGAGGAACAAGCUUUUAAGGUUUUCGAUACCAUCUUAAGAUCAGCUAAGGGAGAACUUAAAGAUGAAUAUAAAGUUUCAAGAGCACAGCUGGGGGCUUUUUUUGCGGCAAUGACAAUCCGUGCCAAUGCCUUUCCGGAAGCAACCCAAUGGAGUGAAGGGGAAAAGCUUGCAAUUAACACGUUCUGGCCGCUCUUGGUUCGUGUGCUUCCUCCUGAUAUAAUCUUCAUUGCAGAUCCUGAAGGCUCCAUAAUGGGAUUAGGGAGUUCUGUUGGGCCCCAAUAUGUUGGCAAUUGCGCUACUGAGAUGAGAUUGGUUGGUGCCCUUAGGGAAGUUUUGGCCGGUGGUCAUCUUGGAUAUGAGGAGGUCCAAGGCAUUUUAAGAGAUGUUCUUCCACUGAAAGUAGAUGAUGAGGAAUCGUCAGGUGUAAGUGAGUCAUUGCUUUCAGCCUUUUUAAUAGGUCAACGUAUGAACAGGGAAACAGAUCGUGAGUUAAAGGCAUACUGCCUUGCAUUCGAUGAUGAACUUGGUCCUCCUCCAGUUGCUGACGUUAGAUCAUUGACUCAUUAUGGUGAGCCUUAUGAUGGAAACACACGUUACUUCAGAAGCACAUUGUUUGUCGCUGCAGUUAGAUCCUGUUAUGGUGAAUCUUGCUUGCUUCAUGGUGUCGAAUGGAUGCCACCAAAGGGGGGCAUAACUGAAGAACAAAUGUUGAAGUUUAUGGGAGCAAAUACAAGCUUAUCCCCAUUGCAUGCAAAAGAUCUUCUUGAGGAUGAGGAGGUUGGUUUUGCUUACGUAAGUCAACGUGAAGCUCACACAUCUCUAUAUUCAUUGAUUGGUGUGAGGGAGCAUAUAAAAAAGCGCCCCCCUGUGGCAACAGCUGAAAAGAUUCAGCAAUUUGUGAAGGCUCGAGGGAAGGAAGCAAUGGUUGCUGGAUUUUAUCAUAAUGGUUAUGAGGAACCACUGUUGAUGCUUAUGAAGAGAAGAGGUGUUCAUUCUGGCUUGGUAGUGAAGGGUGAGGAAGGGGCCCUCUCGAUGACAACAAGAUUGCGGUCAGCUAGCAUUUCAAAAGGAUUUCCUGUAAACUACUGCUCAGGUUUCCGUUCACUGAGUAUGGCGUCUGCUUUCGAAGUUGAUGGUGUAUCACGUCAGAAUUUCAAUCUCGAGGUCAAUGCCAUGGACUAUGGUUUUGAACCUACUAAUACUCCAAGGACUGAUAGAUCGGUCUCAAAGAAUAUAGAAUUGGGUCUAGCAGCUCUUCAUGGUGAAAAAGGGCCUGCUUAUGAUCGGAUCGUCUUAAAUGCUGGAAUAGUAGAUCACUUGCUGGGAUGUGAUGGUGCAGAGGACAUAUCCGCAGCCCUAGAUAGAGCCAGAGAAGCCAUUGACAGUGGCAAGGCUUUAAAAAGGCUUUUAAAUUACAUUAAAAUCUCUCACAAAUUGAGCUAAAUUAGGUCCAACCGGUGCUUGUAUCUUUUUGGCUUGUCUUUUGUAGGUUAGAAUUGUAAUUUUGUAUUUUUUACACAUUAGUGGAUAUUGGUGCUUGCAUUUUUUGGCUUGUCUUUUGUAGGUUAGAAUUAUAAUUUUGUAUUUUUUUACAUAUUAGUGGAUAUUGAUAAAGAAAGAAAGAGAACUAGAGCAUUUCUUCC